AUGGUUCAAAGCUUAAACUUGCAGUCAUUACGUUACAUUUUUGUCGCCUUACGAAACCCACAUUUGCUCGUACCACAUGUUCUUGUCUCUGAUAUUAGGGAGGUUGAUUUUGUGCAACUGAAGAAAGCUGGAGUCCAGGCUGUGGCAUUUGAUAAAGAUAACACGUUGACAGCUCCUUAUCAAGAUUCAUUGUACCCAUUAUAUGAGAAAGCAUGGAGUUCAUGUAAAGAAAAUUUCGGGUCUGAUAAUAUUGUGAUAGUCUCAAAUUCCGCCGGAACUCCAGAUGAUCCGGAUUUUAAAAGUGCAAAUAAAAUUGAACGAGCGCUAGGCGUCAAAGUCCUAAAACAUAAAGUAAAGAAACCAGGCGACGGCGAAUCCUUAAUUUCACAUUUUAACAAAAAUAAAGAAGAUACAUGUACUAACAAAAACCACAAAAACGCGAUCGUUAUAAUUGGAGAUCGUCUUUUCACUGAUGUUCUUUAUGGAAACAUGAAUGGAAUGCUGACUAUUCUUGUAAAGAAUGUUGUUACCGAGAAAGGUGACAAUUUUUUUGCCAACAAG